ACUAAAGCAGGCUUGCACAUGUUGAAAACGUAAACAAAAGAAGUUUUUAAAAUGACCAGAAAAAAAACCCCCAAGAAGAAAACAGAAGUUGUAUUUGACAACAAGAAGCGCAUUGAGUUCCUCAGUGGCUUCCGGAAGAGAAAAAACGAAAGGCGAUCGCGUGCAAAAGCGGAGCUGGAGAAAAACCUCAAGAAUGAGCGCAAGCGCAUUCGGCAAGAAGUAAAAGAUGGCUUUAACCAUCUGAAGAAGACAUUUGAGCCAUUGCGCGAACUCACCGAAGAGGACAAGGCAGAGGAGGAGCAGAAGCAGGAAACUUACGAAGAUGAUGAAGUGCAGGUUAAGAUCGUAGAGCUAACUACCAAUGAUCUAGCAGCUAAAAGAAAUAUGUUGGGGGCCAAUACGGCGGAGGAAAGCGAACCGGAGGAGCAAGACUCUCAUAGCGAAGAAGACGAUCCCACCGAACCAAACAGGAUUCCAGGUAUGGAUUUCGAUCCAAACGCUCGUAAACGAAAAACCAAGCCUGAAGAUGAAGAGCAUUCAAAGCCCAAGAAAGCAAACACAUCUCAGCCAGAUAUCAAGAGCAAAAAGGAUCUCGAUCGUCUGAUGAAAACCAAAACGUUAAAGAAGAUGCAUCAGAGUAAACUUUUUAAGCAAAAGGAGCGCCUCGAUAAGAAAAACAACCAAAAGAAGGCCAAGCGGGAUCGAAAUAACACCAUUAAGAGCGUUCCAAAGCACCAGCGGAAACAGCUCAAGUAUGGAAAGGGCCAACAGACAAAAUACCGAAAGGGCCGGAUGGUCAACAAGAAGGAACUGCGGCGCAAGCGCAACGCCGACUAAGUUUAGCUUUAAGCAUAGUUUGUUUUACGGUUUAUUUACUAUUACUCUAGUUGAUCAAAUAAACUGUUUAAUUCCUGGCUUGUACAAUAA